UAGUAGGAAGUGGGUGGCAGGCAGCAGCAGAGGAUGGAGCGACGCCUGCGUGGAAACUAUAGAUCAGAUUUCUCCACAAACGCGGCGGUAAUCCGCGGCCAGCGCAGUCCGGAGCAGGAGAAUCGGCGUCUGAACGGAGGGAAACGAUCAGCUGCUCCACACUGCAAUCUGAUCUGAUCUGAUCCCGCCGGAUCCACGCUGGGAUGCUGUGAGGAGCCCGUGGAAAUCCGAGGAGUGAAGGGUGUGGAGGACUUGAAGUUUGUCUCAUUUUACGGUGACAUGUCCUACAAACUGGACAAUCGCUCGCUGGGAUUCGACAACGUUUGCUCACUGUGUGGGAUCUGAGGUGGGAUCACCUUUUGGGUCUGCCUCUCUCUGUUGGGUUCUGGUCCAUCCUGUUCGGUUCCUCCCCCCCGCCGAGCAGCGCUCAGGGACCCGCCAGCAUGGGGAGUCUGCUGGGGUUCACCACACUUUGCUGGGUUGAUUUUUACCUGUCCAGAAGCAACUAAAAAAACACAUUUAAUUAUUUAUUUUAUUUUUUCCUGACGUCAACGAAUCCACCAACAAGCCCCCUGGUCUCCUCAAAAAUGUCCAGCUUUUUGUCAAAACAUAAUGGCAACGGCACACCGGUCCGCUGAAAACCACGCGAGAGUUGGCAGUUCAGGAGCGAGCGCACCUGCCGACAGGUGUGACCCCGCGCAUGCGCCAUGGAGGAUUCAGGGAUCAUCCGAAGGCGGAGGCUGCAGAAGGAUCUACCUCUGCCCAGGAAAAGUAGCAGUGGCUGCAGAACCAGUAACAGAAAGAGCCUCAUCCUGACCAGUACAUCGCCCACCCUGCCGAGGCCGCACUCUCCUCUGCCGGGACACAUAGGAAACAGUCCAUUGGACAGUCCACGCAACUUCUCCCCGAGUGGACCGGCUCACUUCUCCUUUGCUUCUUCUCGCAGGGCUGACGGCCGUCGAUGGUCUUUGGCUUCUCUGCCUUCCUCAGGUUAUGGCACCAAUACUCCUAGUUCAACAUCAUCCAGUUCGUCUCAGGAGCGCCUGCAUCAGCUGCCCUCCCAACCCACCAUGGAUGAGCUGCACUUCCUGUCCAAGCACUUUGGCAGCACAGAGAGCAUCACAGAUGAUGACGGAGGGCGCCGCUCGCCGCAUGUUCGCCCUCGCUCUCGAAGCCUCAGCCCGGGGCGCUCUCCAUCCUGCUAUGACAAUGAAAUAGUGAUGAUGAACCAUGUCUACAAGGAGCGUUUCCCCAAGGCCAAAGCUCAGAUGGAGGAGAGGCUGGCAGAAUUCACCCAGAACUACUCACCAGAGAGUGUUCUCCCGCUGGCCGACGGGGUGCUCAGCUUCAUCCACCACCAGAUAGCUGAGAUGUCCAGGGACUGCCUGGCCAAAUCGCGAGAGGGCCUCAUCACCAGCGUCUACUUCUGUGAGCUGCAGGAGAACCUGGAGAGGCUGCUGCAUGAUGUGAGUUAUGAAAAAAAAAAAAGUCAAACUCCUCAUUCUCCCACUUCCUUUGAGAUUUUUUUUCACUCUUGGCUUGUCCUCCCUCAUCAGGCACAUGAGCGCUCAGAGAGUUCGGAGCUCACCUUCAUCAUUGAGAUCGUCAAAAAGCUCUUCAUCAUCACAUCUCGUCCUGCCAGGCUGCUGGAGUGUUUGGAGUUCAACCCUGAGGAGUUUUAUCAUUUGCUGGAAGCAGCCGAGGAUCACGCCAAAGAAGGCCAACUCAUGAAGGCAGACAUCCCUCGAUACAUUAUAAGCCAGCUGGGCCUGACCAGAGACCCACUGGAGGAAAUCGUGAGCCUUGACAGCUAUGACAGUGAGGGCCCACAGACUCCAGAGACAGAUGACUCAGCAGAGGGGAAAGGGAGAUCCAUCAAACCGCCGACCGAAGAAGACUUUCAGACCAUCAAGCUGAUCAGCAACGGAGCUUAUGGUGCGGUCUACCUGGUUCGCCACAGAGAGACACGGCAGCGUUUUGCCAUGAAGAAGAUCAACAAGCAGAACCUUAUCUUGCGGAACCAGAUCCAGCAGGCUUUUGUGGAGAGGGACAUCCUCACUUUCGCAGAAAACCCCUUCGUCGUCUCCAUGUUCUGCUCCUUUGAAACCCGCCGACAUCUCUGCAUGGUCAUGGAGUACGUGGAAGGUGGUGACUGUGCCACGUUGUUGAAAAACAUCGGCGCUCUCCCCGUGGAGCUGGCAAGGAUGUAUUUUGCUGAAACCGUUUUAGCUCUGGAGUACCUGCACAACUACGGUAUCGUUCACAGAGACCUCAAACCCGAUAACCUCCUGAUCACCUCCAUGGGACACAUUAAGCUCACAGACUUCGGUUUGUCAAAGAUGGGCUUAAUGAGCCUCACCACCAACCUCUAUGAAGGACACAUAGAGAAAGAUGCCAGAGAGUUUCUGGACAAACAGGUCUGCGGCACUCCUGAGUACAUUGCCCCGGAAGUCAUUCUUCGGCAAGGCUAUGGUAAGCCUGUGGACUGGUGGGCCAUGGGCAUCAUCCUGUAUGAGUUCCUGGUGGGUUUGGUGCCUUUCUUUGGAGACACACCCGAGGAGCUGUUUGGACAGGUUAUCACAGAUGACAUAGUUUGGCCAGAGGGGGAUGACGUUUUACCCGCAGAUGCCCAGGCUCUCAUCUCUGCCCUUCUGCAGACCAACCCUCUUCUAAGGCUGGGCACAGGGGGAGCGUUUGAGGUGAAGCAGCAUCCGUUCUUCAGUGAGCUGGACUGGAACAGCCUGCUGAGGCAGAAAGCAGAGUUCAUCCCUCACCUGGAGUCCGAGGAAGACACCAGCUACUUUGACAGUGAGCAUGUUUGGGUUUGCACAUCCGUAGCCUACAUCAAGGUGAAGCUUACACGUAUGCUCUUAUCUCUGCCAGCUCGCUCGGAUCGUUAUCAGCACAUCAACACGUAUGACGAGGAUGACACCAACGAUGAUGAACCGGUGGAGAUCAGACAGUUCUCCUCCUGUUCUCCUCGCUUCAGUAAGGUCUACAGCAGCAUGGAGCAUCUUUCACAGCUGGAGCAAAAAGCGACAACCUCCGUGUCACGUCGGGAGCACAAGGGAGCACGAGAGGACAAAAUGACCAAGAGAGAGAGCCUGGGCAGCUUUGGGAUGAGGGACAAAAGCUGGAGGACCGGAUCCCCUGAGAUGAAGCGGCUGUCCUGUUCAGAGUCUCUCCACAUGGAAGGAGAUGCGAGCCCUCCUCUCGGUGCCAGGCGCCGUUUCUCAGCUUUGAUGGAUACCCACCGCUUUGCCUCACCUCUGGAAGGUGACUCAGACGUUCACUCCCGUCAGAACGCCAUGAGAAUCAGAGGGACAUCGCUGGAUGGGACUAUGGUUCCAUCACCCAGCCUGCUGGAGCAGCGAGCCAGUCCCAAGGAGAUCAACGGAGCAGCUGCUAGCCGUGACGUCAUGACUCCUCUGUAUGACUCUCUGGGUCCCCGAGCCGCCAACGACCUGGUCCUCCGCCGAGCUCGCCACCAACACUUAUCCAGUGAUGGAGAGAAACGCAACUCCAGAUCCGGAAAUAAAGUCAUCAAGUCUGCUUCCGCCACCACUCUGUCUGUUAUCAUCCCAUCAGUGGAGCAGCAUGGGGGCUUCUCUCCGCUGGCCAGCCCCAUGUCCCCCCGCUCUUUUACCUCCAACCCUUCAUCACGCGACUCUUCACCCAGCAGAGACUUUUUCCCAGCAGUCAGUGUGCUGCGCUCCCCCAUCACGAUCCAUCGCUCAGGAAAGAAGUACGGCUUCACUCUCAGGGCCAUCAGGGUUUACAUCGGAGACAGUGAUGUCUACAGCGUGCACCAUAUUGUUUGGCACGUGGAGGACGGAGGCCCCGCCCAGGAGGCCGGCCUGUGUGCAGGUGACCUCAUCACUCAUGUCAAUGGAGAACCCGUUCAUGGUCUGGUCCACACUGAAGUAGUAGAGCUAAUUCUUAAGAGUGGUAACAAGGUGACGGUGACAACCACUCCUUUUGAGAACACCUCCAUUAAAGUGGGCCCUGCCCGUAAGGCCAGCUACAAGUGUAAGAUGGCUCGCCGAAACAAAAGGGCGAUGGGGAAGGAGGGACAGGACAGUAAGAAGCGCAGCUCCUUGUUCCGUAAGAUCACGAAGCAGUCCAACCUUCUCCACACCAGCCGGAGUCUGUCUUCUUUGAAUCGCUCUCUGUCCUCCAGUGAAAGUCUUCCCGGCUCUCCCACUCACAGCCUGUCUGCUCGAUCCCCGACUCAGGGUUACCGUUCCAACCCUGAGCCGCCAUACCUGGGCGCUUCCUCUCAGAGCAGCUCUCCAGCCUCCAGCACUCCAAACUCCCCCUCUCCCUCUCAGCACAUGAGGCCCAGCUCGUUGCACGGCCUCUCCCCGAAACUCCAUCGUCAGUACCGCUCUGCCCGAUGCAAAUCCGCUGGGAACAUCCCUCUGUCCCCGCUGGCCCACACGCCGUCCCCAACCCAAUCCUCCCCGCCGCCAUUGCCAGGCCACACCAUAGGGAGCUCCAACACCACACAGUCCUUCCCUGUCAAGCUCCACUCUUCCCCGCCGGUGGUUCGCCCAAGGCCGAAGAGCGCCGAGCCGCCACGAUCCCCUCUCCUCAAACGGGUGCAGUCAGCAGAGAAGUUGGGCUCGCCGCUCACCCAGUCCAGUUCAACGGGCGGUCUCGGAGGUCUGCUGAGGAAACACAGCCUGGAGGUGCAGCACUCCGAGUACCGCAAGGACGCCUUCCUCUGCGAGCUCGGCCUCCAAAGCCUACUGGAGACAGAGGGAGAAAAUUUACCUCCUAAUGCGCCCCCCCUGACCUCAUCCUUCAAUGCCCCAGAGACAGGCGUGCUCAAACCGGUGAGGAGACUCGGCAGGCAGGAGUCUCCUCUCAGUAGGGAGACGCUGCUGGCUGGAAGAGACAGGGAGGAGAGGGAAAGAGGGAGGGAGCGGGAAAAAGAAAGGGACACCGGGGCUGGUAAAGCUCAAGCUGGAGGAGCAGAACUUCAAUCGCCUCUGACAAGAAAGUCUCUUGGAAGUGAGAGGAGUUUCAACCCUCAAAGUUCCAGAGUAAGUUCAGAAGCUGUAACUCCGAGCAGCCCGUUCAAAACCACGGGAGGUUUAGGAGGACAGAACGGCCCGGAGAAAAUUUCUCUGAGUAAGGCUGACAUACCUCAGCAAGAAUCAAAGACAGCCAGGAGUUUAUCUAACAGUAAAAAUCUUCCAGAGGAGCUUUUGGGGGACAAACUUGGACCAAAACAGGAUGGAGACGUCAAAAGUAGGUCUAGCUUAGUGGCGGCCGCCUUGAGCAAGAGCUCUCCUGCUCCAGAUAAGUCUGCUGGCAUCAGCUCAGCGGGAACAGCAGCUCAUCUGAGCAUGAACAAAACUUUUAAAGCGUCAGGUACCGGGGACAGCAGCGACACGAGAACUUCUGAGCUGGGGAGCAAAAGUCCCAAACUCUCCGCUCGGGUCCUGGCUCCCGUCGUUCCCUCCCACGGGCAGCCGCUCUCGCUGAGCAAAGUGAGGCAGGGGCUGGGCUCGGUCAACUGCUACAGGGGCACACUGGACUGGGAGGACAAGUGUCGCUUGGAGGUGGUGGAGGAGCAUUCUCCUUCUCCCUCCCCGUCUCCUACAGCGGUCACGCCAUCCCUCUGCGGACCCUCCCUCUGCAAGUCGCGGCCCGUUUCCCCGGGCGAAAAGACCAGCUUCGUCAGCCAGCUGACCACGGUGGCCAAAAAUGUCCUGGGGCCAAUCAAGCUGGGCUCUCAGGAGGGGGCCAAGAGCAAAGAACAGCAGACUUUGGAGAAGCAGGGAGGCGUCGCAGGAAAAUCAGACACUCCGUCUGGAGGUCGAGGAGCUGCUGGAGCAGCAGCGACAACCCAGAAUCCUGCAGGGUCGCCGCUUGAAAAAACUGCAGCAAGUAGCAGCAAAAUGUGACCCCCCCCCUCUGGGUUUUUAAACAGACUUUAGUGUGACAAAAAGCCUUUUUGGAAGCACUUAAAGCAGUGUACAUUCCAGUUUCAGAGUAUAUAAAGUGGUAUUUAUUAAUUCAAAAUUAAUUUAAUGAAUAGAACUUGAAAAGGGUGCAAAGUACAUAUUGUAAGGGGGACUUGCAGGUUUUCUAUCAUGAAUAAUUUAUUGAAAGGACUCUUUAUGUUUAACACUUUAUCAGAUGUAUUUGUGAGGGUGGGUGUGAACGCAUGUCAUGGAUGCAGAACAGGUGAAAAAAGUGCUUUACUGAUCAAAACAUGCUGAAAACUGUGAAUACCAAAUCUGUCACUCUAUCUCCAAAUCAGGCCUUUCUCUUUUUUACAGCUUAUCAAUGUCAAGUUCUCAUAUUUGCAUCAAGGAUUACAUGCAGCAUCGGUGUGAAAUUUGCAGGAUUUUAUCCAACGGUUCACGGUUUCUGGGUGAAAUGGUCAGACAUCGCCAAAGCAGGCUCUACGUCUGUAAAUGUGGCAAAAAAAGUAGGAUUGUGUGCAAAUGUGUGUUUUUAUCUCGAUUGUGUCUAUUUCCGAUGAUUCUCGAAGGCUGCAUCCCUCAGCGGAGGCGAAGCGCUUAUCUCUCACUCGCAGGAAGGCCGCCACGAACCCCCCCUCGCCGCCCCUCGCCGCCUCAGGAGGCGGCAGUGUCAGCGGCUGAUUUCCAUGCAUUUUAAUCCCAACUCCUGUUGUAAUCCAUGUGUUCGGGGGACAAGUUUGUUUGAGGGCGUGUUUAUAGCAGUGCCUUUUUUAAGGGACCAGUAUGACCAGGAAGUAGGUCGUACCAAAACAUUAAAAAUGCAGUUAAAAUCCUCUGCACUGCAUUAGAGACAGUAGAACUUGUUUCAAGCACAAAUGAAGUGGAGUGUUGGUUUAAGCAGGAAGACACUCAUGGAUGUAGCAUACAUCAUCAUUUAUUUAUCGAAGGGCUUUGAGAGAGCUUAUAGUAAUAAAGUGUAACAAUUACAUAGUUAUUGUUAAAAUAAAGAGUUAUCCAUUAAAUGGCGGUUAGGUUUAGCAACUUUAGCUGGUCGAGUUCUCAGUGUGGCAAUGGAUGAAGGUGAUCAGUCAUCACUCACUGACAGAUAUUUACCUGACAUUUUAUCUUCCGUGUCUCAUCUUUACCAUGUAGUUUGUAUCUAUCCACUGUACAUAACGCAUAACUUAUGCAAGUCGUUUUAAGGUGUUCAGGUACGGACGGACAUGUGGGUCUGGUGGUUACAGGAGGGCGUCAUUCUCUGCAUCCCGAGCUAUUUUUUGGUUUUUUGGUUUUUUUAGGAUCAAAAAUUGUAAUUUUACAAGUCUGAAAAUUGGUCAAUUUACACUGAAAUUAUAAAAGUCCUCAAAUAUUCACUGUCCUUACUGAAUGUGUCAAUCAACUCAAAUGUUUAUGGUUGUACAAAUCUGUUUUAGGGACAUUUUUCAUUACAGAAGCAAAUACAGUCCAAUACUGUCAUUACUCCGGUUCUUGUUAACCAUAUUUUAUGUUAAAAACAGAAAAAAGGAGUGACAUGGUGGCAACAUGGCCCAUAUAAAAGUCAACUGCCCAUAAAGUCUCACUCUGAUUAUCUUUUGAUCUGUUUUCAAAGUGUUCUCAUUGGUCUUUUAAUUACAAUUAUGCAGUUUUCAGCAACAAAAAAAGUAUAAUUUUCUUGAACAUAUUUUUUGCAGAGUGGAAGUAGUUCACUAAAAAUGCACCUCAAAUUUGUUGGUGCAGAGUAAGCCUGCCCCUACUUCCUAUCAUCCCUUUGUUUACACACUUCCCGUGUUUGCCCCUCACAUCCCCAAACUAACAUUACUGAUGCAACAAAAAUGGCGACCCAGAUUGGAGCUAUCCAGCCUUCCAGCUUGCAGUGCAUUUUAUACAUCACAAAUACAAACAGAAUAUUUCCGUCUGCUCCUGAUUUACAACAAUUUCUAUAAGGAUUACUCAGAAAUCCUAUUGUAAGUUUAAUUUUCUUAGUACAUGUCCUCGAUUUUUUUAGUAAAAAAAAACACCUAAAUUUCUCAUCAGAGUGGGUCUUUAAUGUGUACACAAAAGACAAAAGUAUAUUGCCUGUUUUAUAGAAACCUCAAAUGUUAGCCUUAUGUUAGCUCAUCAAGACAGAUUUCUAUAUAAAAUAAAUGGAAGUUGGAAUCUUAGGUUCUUACAUGCAUCUGAUAACAGGUAGUAAAUGAAUCCUAAAAUUAACUAAAAUGACAUUUCUCAUGCUAAAAUUUUCAUAAAUUAAUUAGAUUUUAUAUUUUCAAUUGCUUGAUUUCUCUAAAGAGUUUGAGUUUUUUUAGAUGUAACCAGGCUCCAGCAGAACACAGUGAUGCACUGCCCUCUAGUGGUUCACAGUGUCAUUACAAACUUGGACAAAUCAGUUACCUCAUACAGGCUGACUGAUUAUGCAUUUGUGUUUCAACUACAUUAUAUUUGCAGUAAAUAUAAACUGUACUCCAUGAAAUAUCUAUUGUGUUCUUCGUGUGACUGUUAAUUAGAACAGGGAAUAUGUUUCUUAAUGAUGAAUCUUUCUUAGAUCUUUAUAUAAUGAUGAAAGUAUCAGGUCAGCUCCAAUUAUCUAAAAUAAUAUGAAGUCCAUUUUUUUUGUUAGCUAUAAAUGUUUUUAUGUUGUCUUUACUGUCAGAAGGAGUAGUCUACUUGCACUUUAUUUGAAAGAAAAAGACCUUUAUUGUUGGUUCUACUUACAUUUUAGUGAUUGCUAUCAAGUAUGGAUUCUUAAAGGGAACACAAAAAUCCAAAUAUGAAAAACAUUCCACACUUUCUGCUCACUCAAAGGUGUUUUUGUUUUUUUUUUAUGUACCACUUGGGGAUUUUUUUUUUCUUUUGUGAUAAAUGUGAUUCAAACACAGAAAUAGGGGACAGAUUUACUACUAUGUCAUUACACUUCAUACAGUUUCCAUCUUAGUGUUUAGAAGUGGCUGUCAGUAUUCAUUUAUACGGUGCAAUGGAAAGGUGAGGCCUGUAAGAAACAGGUACAGGGAUUUUUACACCCUGCUGCAUGCUGUGGUCAUGGGUAAAAAAAUAAAUAAUGAAUAGGGCUUAUUUGAUUGACUUUUUCAAUGCUGUUUUUAAUGGGUCACUGCCUAUAAUAUUGUUUUUUCUGCAUAAAAAACAAAAUUAUUUAGCUUAGCUCUUGCUUUAUACUUCCUGUUACAGAUAGAUUGAAACAUGACUGCCAAGCCAUACUACUUUUAAUCGACGUAAUCAUUAGGCCUGUACAUUGGUCAAGUGUUCUAUUAUUGAAGACUUAAUUAGAGGUUGCUAUGUAUUUUCCCUAAAAGCAAGAAUAAUACCUUGUUGCCAAAUAGGCAAACUACAGGAACAGCUGGUCAUAAAGUCAUUUUUUGUAUGCUGCCUGUUCUCAUGUUUAAUAACUUUACUAAUAAAUAAUUUCAAAGGAAAUUGUAAAUCAAAUCAGACAGUCUGCAUGUCAACUGCUUUACUUUACAGUCAGUAAGUACAUGUUUUAUUUUAAUUGGAAACAUCCUGUGUUGUUGAUGCAUUACCAGCUUUUGCUCAUCAGCAGGUCGGCUUGUUUGCAAUCCAAUCCCGUUAUAUACAUCACACCUGUUUUGGUCCGUGCUGAAAUGAGUUGCCUGAGUCUCUGUUUGUUGAUCAAUACAGUUUUCAAAUCUUGCCAUUCACAACUGAACACUCCCAUUGGUGCUAUUUUUGAUUUGCGUCCACUUGCUAAUGUGCCCAGUGUAGUAAAUCUGCCCCUAAAGUGCAGUAUGUGGAAUAAAGCUCUAAAAUAUCUUCCAAGA